GCUUGGAUUAUUUUGGUUGCAUCCGCUUUGCCGUAAACUGUAAUUAUGACAAUCGAGUUCUAUCCUUAUUAAAGUUUUGUCUAAUUGAAGCUUUUGUCUGACCUUCUGCUUUUCAUAUACAGUGUUAUGAUAAGCGUCAUGACUGGACUUUAAAGAAUCUGUGUUUUUUAUAAGGAAUUUGUUUGAUUUAGUUUUUGCAUCAACAAUAAAAACAGACAAAAUGACUACAGAGAAAGGUAUUGUUACCAUUCUUCAUUUCAAUGAUGUAUAUAAUGUUGAAGAGCAAAUGCAAGAACCGGUUGCUGGAGCUACAAGGUUUUGCACAGCUUUAAAGAGUUUCAGCCAUUUAGAUCCUCUUGUGCUUUUUAGUGGUGAUAUUCUUGCCCCUUCUAUAAUGAGUACUUUUACAAAAGGUGAACAAAUGAUACCAGUGCUCAAUGCUUGUGGCGUCCAUUGUGCAUGUUAUGGGAAUCAUGACUUCGAUUUUGGUGUUGACAACCUUAUAGAAUUUGCUCGUAGAACAGCAUUUCCAUGGCUGAUAAGCAAUGUGAUAGAUAACUGUACAUCUGCUCCAUUAGCAGAUGGAAAAAUUUCUUCAAUACUUUAUAGAAAUGGAAUAAAAUUUGGUAUCAUUGGAUUGGUUGAAGAAGAAUGGUUAGCUACUUUAGCCACUAUUGAUCCUGAAGAUGUAACAUACAUUGAUUUUGUGACUGAAGGCAGAAAACUUGCGAGGCAGCUAAAAGAUAAGGAAGGAGUGGAUUGUGUUAUUGCUUUAACACACAUGAGAAGUCCAAACGAUUGUCGCUUAGCUGAAAAUGUAGAUGAAAUAGAUCUAAUUCUUGGUGGCCAUGAUCAUGUCUAUGAAGUGAAAAAGGUCAAUGGAAAACUAAUAAUUAAAAGUGGAACAGAUUUUAGGGAAUUUUCUAAAAUUACUUUAAAUUUCAAUCAUAAGCCAGUGCAUGUGGAUGUUGGAAAAACUGAAGUAACAUCUCAGUUUGCAGAAGAUGAAGGGUUGAAAGAGGAGCUUUCUUGUUAUCAAGACAUAGUAGCUGGGAAAAUGGAUGAAGUUCUGGGCCAUUUUUCAGUAGAUUUGGAUGCACGAUUUUCUAGUAUCAGAACUCAAGAAACUAAUAUAGGUAAUUUCAUCUGUGAUGUCAUGCUGUCUUCAACUCAUGCUGAUUUGGCUAUGCUCAACUCUGGAACAUUGAGAGCUGAUCGAAUUUUCUCCAAAGGGGAUUUUACUCUUAGAGAUUUAGUAACUCUCCUGCCAAUGAUGGAUCCUAUGAUUGUUUUAAAUGCACCAGGGGAAGUUAUUCAUUUAGCAUUAGAGAAUGGUGUAUCACAAUAUCCAAAAUUAGAAGGCCGAUUCCCUCAGGUAUCUGGUGUCAGUUUUGCUUUUGAUCCAAAGAAGCCACCUGGGAGUAGAAUAGAUCCUCGAUAUAUAAAAAUUGGUGAUGAAUAUCUGGAUAUGAAUCAGAAAUAUCGGUUUGCUACUAAAAUGUAUAUGCACCAAGGAAGAGAUGGAUAUGAUAUGUUGAAAGAUUGUGAAAUUCUAUUAAAUGAAGAAGAAAGUCCGGAGCUACGUACAGCUGUUCAGAAUCACUUCCAGUCCAUCAAGAUAGUCACUGGUGCUGUAGAUCACAAAAGUCGUCAUAGACAGAGCUUAAUAUGCUUAUCUCGAAGGCACAGUGUUGUUAAAAUGUUUGAAGAGAGUAGUCAACCAACAGCCAGAGCCCCAUUACGUCGUGGCUUCAGUUUAGAUGCUGUUGCAAAGCGUAAUUUAUUCAAAAUGCAAGAUAAAACUUCGAUUGAUAAAAUAGAGUAUGAACAGUGUAAAUUAGAACCUAAGGUUGAAGGACGUAUUAUUAUUUUAAGUGAUGAGGUUAAGGAACAGUUAGAAAAGAAAAGGCAAGAAUUUAUAGGUCUUACAGUAGAUCCUGUGAUUGAAGAAGAUGAAGAAAGUUUAGAACAAAAUUGAUGAUGUCUAUUUUUCUGAUGUUUCAGGCUUAUUUUCCUAUCUUUUUUAGAAACAAAGAAAUUGCUAUACAAAAAAAAAUUAUGUAGUUUUUUUUUUUUUUUUUUUUUACACUUGUUAAAUACUUUUUGAUGGUUAUUGUAUUAUUUUCAUUCCAGUUAUAUAAUGCGGUUUAAUUAUAAACCAUAUAAAUUUUAUCUUUAAAAAAUGGUGAUUGCUUUUAGAAGUGUGUUGCGAGUUUAUGUAGACUAAUAUAAUUUUUAUGAAAAUGAAAUCUGUCUUUAUAAUCAUGAGUCUACAAAUUCUAGGCUAAUUUUAAAAUUAUUAGAGUGCUUAAGUAGCAAAUUAACAUAAUCAGGCAAAUGAUCUUCAUAAUUUUGCAGAAUUUGCUUUAUAGCAUAUAUAGACUUACAUAUAUUUAAAGUAGUUGCAUAUUUUGUGUUUGAUUCUUUUUACAUUUAUAUUACGCAUUCUGUGUAAUAGCAACCAACAUAAAAACUGACUGUAUUGAAAGUUUAAGAAUAAAGAAUACCAAACUAAUCUUGAUUUUGUGAAGCAAACUCCAUAGAAAGUGAAGUAACUGAUAUUACUGUUUAAAAUUUUGAGGAUUAGUUUCUUAUUGAUGCUAGGAUACAUUUGCAUGGGUAUAAGUUAAAAUGUUUAAAAAGUUGCAAAUAAUUUUUGGAAUUUGCUAUAUGUUGUUUUUUAUAUUAUCUCAUGUACUAUUUAUAUUCCAGCUAAAGCAAUAAUGAUUAAAAUUAGAGUAAAUCUAACAUUAAUCCAGAUUAUUUAUUUUUUUACAUAUUCCCAAUUAAAGGCAGAAGAAUCCAUUGAAUUUUGUUAAAUUUGUAGACUCUUGUUUAUAAAAGUCAAGAAGUACUGUAUAUAGUUAUAAUAAAAAUUAAAAGUUUGAUAUUCGUUUA